UCAAUAAUAUUUUUGCCGUGUUUUCAAGUGACACGUAUGUGUUAUGAAGUUAGUUUCUUAACUAGUUCAUAUGAUUUUAUUGUUUUAAAUUAUGUGAUGCUCAUAGCAUAAAUCAUGUGACUCAUUUUUAUAUGGUGUUUUACAAGCUUUUUAAUCUGCAGAAAAAGUUUUAUCAUGGAAAACUUAUAUCAUAAAACACAUGCUUUAUUGGAGGAAGUUCACAGAUAUUUCGUCCGUUUAGAACGUAGUACACCUGAAAAGGCUCCUGUGAUAGAAAAUGACAUUCAGAACGUUCUAGACUGUAUCAAUGACAACUUGUCUAAAUUAGAUAUGUUAGUCAACAAAGAAGUUCCAACGCGACGAGUUGCAGCUAGAGUACAAGUUGAUCAACUGAAAUAUGAUUGUCGUCAUUAUCAAACUUCUUUGCAAAAUGCUGUUCAUCGGCGAUUAGUUCGAGAGCAAGAAAAUCGGGAGCGUGAAGAACUACUGUCAAAGAAAUUUACUACAAACGAACAAAAUACAACUAUUAUGAUUGAUCACGCUUUGCAACAUCAUCAAAGUCUCAACAAUGCUCAUCGGGGAAUGGAUGAACUAAUAGGCUCUGGAUCUAGCAUUUUAACUAAUCUUCGAGAACAAAGAGUUACUCUUAAAGGAACCCAUAAGAAAAUAUUGGACAUAGCUAAUACAUUAGGAUUGUCAAAUACUGUUAUGAGACUUAUAGAAAAACGAACAUAUCAGGAUAAAUAUGUUUUAUUUGGUGGUAUGUUAAUCACUUGUGUAGUUAUGUUCCUUGUUGUAAAGUAUUUAACAUAGUAUUAAAUAAUGAAUU